CGCACGCGGAAGAUCUGGCCCCGCGGAGGUUCCCCUCUUUUGAAACGUGGGAGGCGGAAGAGGCGGCAGGUUGUAGAUUUUGCUCUUGGCCCCAAGGGGUUCCCCUGGGCCAUUAGAACCCAAGAGAGAAAGCAGAGGCACCGCGUGGGCGGCCGAGGGGCCGAACCCCCGACCUGUCCUCCAGGAGAGUUGGGAGUAGGAGGGGAGAAGUACCGAACACAGGGCUGAGGAGCCUCCGGGACCGAGUCCCGGAGCAUGGGGGCCUGGACCGGGUUCCUGAGCAUGGGGAGCUGGAGCCGCCGAGGCCGCCCGGCCGGGCCCAGCCUGUCUGUUAGCUCCUCGGAGCCAGCUUUGCCAGGGCAGCCGCGUUGUCUGUAGCCAGGCCCCGCUUGAGGUCGUCGGCCGAAAGAUAGCAGCAUGGGUUUCGCCGCUGCCUAGCUUCCUCCGCCUCCUUCCCUUCUCCCUGCCCUCCUCCUCCUUCGUCUCUCAUCUUCCCCGUACGUCGUCCUUCUUUUCCUUCCUUGUGCUCCUCUUCCCUCCCCUCUGUCCUCUUUCUUUCCCCCUUCUGUCUUCCUGCUUUUCCCUUCUUGCUCUUUUACGCUCCUCUUCUGUCCCUCUCUUUCCUCUGUCCUACCUCCACCACCACCUCUCCUUUCUUCCUGUCAUCCUCCCUUCCUCAUCCUCAUCCUCCUUCCCUCCUCGUCCUGAAUCUCCGGCCUUUCUCUGCCCCUUAGCCCCCGCCCCCAAGCUUCCGCCCCUUAGCCCCCGCCCCCAACUGCCAGUCCCCAGCAGCUCAGUCCUGCAGUGAGUCUUGGGAGUCCACAGCUAAGCACCGGGAGCUGAGAGCACUGCCCGCUGUGCCUGCCUGCGACGCUCUCACAUGGCUCAGGAGAAAAUGGAGCUGGACUUUGAGCCUGACACAUCUGAUGGGGGCAUCCUGAGGAGAUCUAGCAGCGCUCCCCUGAUCCAUGGGCUCAGUGACCUUUCACAGGUUUUUCAACCGUACACAUUUAGAACUCGGAGGAAUAGUACAACAAUUAUGAGCCGUCACAGCCUGGUAAGUAGAGAAUUGCUGUCAUCCUCCCCUAAUCGUAUCCCUAGUAGCAGGCUGCAUCAAAUCAAAAGGGAGGAAGGCAUGGAUGUGAUGAACAAAGAAGCUGCGCAUGAAAGGGCAGUGCAAACAGCCAUGCAGAUAAGCCAAUCAUGGGAUGAGAGCUUGAACCUGAGUGAUAGUGAUUUUGACAAGCCAGAGAAAUUAUAUUCUCCUAAAAGGAUCGACUUCACCCCAGUUUCUCCGGCACCAUCACCCACCAAAGGAUUUGGAAAGCAAUGUUUUUCGCCAUCCUUACAAAUGUCUGUGAACAGCAGUGGGCUGCCACCAAAUCCCAUUCCUAAUCCAAGACACUUUUCCAGCAGGAGGAGUCAGAGUCCAGUCAAGUGCAUUAGGCCCAGUGUUCUUGGUCCUCUCAAAAGAAAAGGUGAAAUGGAGACAGAAAGCCAGCCCAAGAGGCUUUUCCAAGGUGCUACCAAUAUGCUGUCUCCAGAGGCUGCACAACUAUCUCAUCUCAGUUCAUGGUGGUGUUAUCAAGGAGAAGAAAUUCCUGCCUUGACCAGAUGUGUGGAGCAUCUACAAAUGAAUGAAUAAUGUUAUUUACACACAAAUCACUGUGUAGAAAAGCAUACAUGGAGCAUGACAGCUCGUCUUGGGCUGUAUUAUGAGGCCUGAGGUGCCUUGGGGUACAGAGCUGUGCUGUCAAGAUAUGUAUCAUCAGGUAGGGUAGAAGAGGAGGCUUUAUGUGUCUGAUUGCCGCAUACUGUUCCGAUUGCUGCUUUUCUCUGAUUACUUUUUCUUCAUUGGAUUUGUUUGUUGUCUUUUGAGUGAUGCUGCUGACUGUGUUUUGGUUAUUGUGUUGCCACCAGAAUCAGAAUCCAGUUCUUGUUCAUGCUGCCAUAUAGUAAGGGCAGUUAAAUAUCUACAAAGAAACUUUUAGGAGCUGAUAAACUAAUGUUACUGUGCAUUCUGCUUUUAUGAAGCUGUUUGAGCUAUGAACAGUGUAUAUGAUAGUAAAUCUGAGGUAACGUAAGUUACUCAAUUUUUAAAGGAGGAAAAUCCUGAUAGAGCUAUAUAAAAAACCGGAGUGUAAUCUGUUGUUAUUUAUUAUUUAAAACUGUGUAAACCUGUCUGUUGCAAUAGAUUUCUUUUAAUAUUCAGACAUCGUGGUUGGAUUGUGUUUAAUAUGCAAAUUUACCUGCUAGGAUCAUAAUAUUCCGUUUUUAAAUAAAUGUAAGAAACGGAAACUACUGUGUUUGUGUCUUUUGAAAGCAGAGAUUCUUGUAUUUUUGAGAAAGGUGAUGUGCUUUGAGAGUACUCACAGAGUAGUAAUACCAUAUGGCUUGAAGGGAAACCUCUGAAUUAUAGGAGAGCAUCACUUAGCUUGCAGUAAGCAGUCCUGUUACAGCAUCAGAUGCGUUUAGUUUAAAUGGUAAUAACUGCCAUAAUGGCCAUUAAUGGCUUUAUUUCUCAUAUUGCUUUCACCUGUGCAAACUCCAUAAUCCUUCAAACACAACAUAAAUGUAUAUAUUAUGAAGACUGUUCCCUAGUAUGCCAUUUUAGAGAAAAAUUACUUCAAUGGUAUUCAGUGUAUUUAUUCUGUUUGUGAAAGAACCAUGUUAAGAUGUUCUGCCUUUAUAAUACUUGAGAGAGAUGUUUUUAUCUUACAGGAUAUUUAUCCACCCUUCACUCCACUGUUGUCUUUGCCUUAAAGGCAUACCUUUGGCCAUCACUUUUUGGCUCUAAUUUAGAACUCAUAAGAUAUAAACCUCUGGAAUGUGACAUUUACAUUUAUUUUUGAAGUUCAGUGGAAGGGUAGAAUUGGGACAGGAAAAUGAAAUUGUUCCAGUCCUAUGAGAACUAGAAGACCAGAUGGUUCACUUCAUUGUUUAAACCAAGGUUCGUUUUUAUUGUUUAAAUUGACUAGAAAGUUAAGUUUGUGCAGCGAUUGUUUUGGAAUAAAAGAGAUGCUAACCUCCAGAUGAGCUUUCUUGACAGUACCCCUUUAUUUUUAUAUAAAGUCUCAUACUUGAAAAGUGAUCAUUGUUAUAAAGUAAAAUCCUCUCUUCCUGUUCUAAUAUUGUAUUGUAUUUCAGGCUUCUGUUUCAAAACAAGUAUAAGAGAUGAUAUGAUAAAAUCCUAUAGAUGCUCUUUUUCUUGACUGACUCAUGUAAUCACUGUGUUUCAUGAUAACUACUUUUGGAAUAAUAGGAAGUUUUGUGAAAUGCUGAGCUUAUGUAUCUCUUAGAAUGCAAAUUUAAUAAAGUGUGUACACA